CCGCUACCGGCCUCCACGCUGUCACACAUGUGAACUUUUUUAUGUGCUGUGACUCUGACAUUCCUUUUUUGAAAUUCAAACGUUUUCACUUUUUUAGUGUUUUUUAAAAUGGGUCACGAUACGGCCAGGCGGAUAGACUAGGACAAACGAGGUCCCCAGGGCACAAACAGGAUGUUCUCUUUAUGCCGCCGUUACAAAGAUGAAUACGAACAUGGUGGGACACAAAUCAAGGGAGGCUACAUGCUUCGAUACAAACGAAAAUAUUUAUGGAACACAUGGUCAGAAGAAUGGGUGGUGCUCUACGACGACUCAACGAUGGCGUGGUUUAAGGACGCGUCCGGCAAGUACAUGGCAACACAGAAGCACCUCGUGAAGGAGUGUCCAGAGAUGUUGGCCAUCGCCAACUGGACGGGGCAGGUGCCUCGCAGACCUGCGCUGCCGCCGGGCGCUCGCCUCUCGCAGCUGAUGGCUCUAGGCUCCCGACGGGACCCUGGGCAGGUGGUCUGGAUGCUGGCCAAAUCUGAUGCUGAGAUGAAAGACUGGAUGUCAGCGAUUUCAAAAACGUUGCCCCCGCCACCGCAUAUCGAGUUGGUGAUGUCGAUGCCGUACCUCCGCACUGCCUUCAAACGACCCACCGUGAGAGUUCGCCCGGCGACCUCCUCCGAGAUGUAUUCCCGGAGCUCCCGCAACGCGGUCGGAGCUUUAGACGGUCGCGGGCUGGUGGCCGUCAUCAAGAGGCAGGUCCCUCUGGCGGGGCAGCUGGACCACCAGCUCGCCUGGGGCCAGGGCUGGGGCUGGGUCACGCUGCCCAACGGCGUCUGGAGCGGCCGUCUAACCUGGUCCCAAGAAGGCGACGACUUCGCCCUCCACGCAAUGCCGAUCAUGCACCACACCAACGUGUCCCAGGCCUGUUCCAUGCUGGACGGCGUCACGGCCUACGAGGCCUCGGCCUACGAGCAGGCCUUAGCGGAGUACGACGACUCAGCCACCACGUCGGAUGACUGGGACUUCGGGGUCGAUUGCGGGGACUUCAUGAUGUAGGGGAUUUCAGAGCAAUUUGAGAAAUGGCGAUAGCAAGUGUGGAUGACAGGCUGGUGUGAGCAUUGGGAGAAAUGUAAACGUGAUUGAAACACACAAUUUAUUACAUAAUGCAAUUGGUUUUGUGGUAGGAACAUCUUUUGAAGACAAAACUUACCAUAAGUCAGAUUGGGGAAAGAAAUUGCAGUGAUGGUCUCUUGUGUAAGCUUUGUCGUCACAUCAAAAUGUUUACAUUCCUCUUUAUGCUAUACACCGCAUUAUGGAAAUCUGAUCAAAAAUGAUUUAAUUUUUAACAAAUCCCAGCAUCAGAUUAUUGAAAAAUUUCAACGAAAAGGUACUUUGGUAUGUCCAUUUUUGAAAUGAAUUCUAAUUUUGAUCCUGAUGUAAAAAGAUCUUCGAACGGUUUUAGUGAAUGAAGGGGAAUGGUGGUACUUCCAUUAGAUCCACUGGAUUGAAUGAAUGUUUAAGAAAUAUCUACUGUAAUAUGUGUCGUCGAAUUAGAGAAAACCUGUUCACAUAAGAUUCUAAAUGAACGAAUGAAUACUCAGUAUAUGCUUUUACAAGUAUACAAGGUCUUUUUACAUCAAAAUUAACGCACAUUUUUAAUACAAAUGAGCGGUUUUGCUCAAGACGUUACUGUGCUGGUCACAAAAAGUAUUGACGUGC